GGAAGUUGCGGUUUCAAUGUCCAUGCAGGGCAAGCUCUCUCUUACUUUCUACCGAAUCUAAGUGUUCUUAGUGACCACAAGACAAAACCCAAAUUUCUUCAACUUGUUCAACUUAUUCGACUUCUCAAGGUUUAUUCCCAUAUAGCGAAAAAAAGAAAUAGACAUAUUCAUUCAUUCCCUUUGAAUUCCUUUUUCUUCCUGGUCUCGUUUCAAAUCAAUAAACCCUUCCAUCGUUGCCCCCCGGCCUUCUUCUAAGCCGAUACCUAUUUACGUGCGACCGUCAGCCACCGGCCUUUUUUUACUGGCGCAACCGAUUCGAUCGCUUCUUUCGGGUAUUCGUGGCAUCUCUGCUGAUCGAGGCGCAACACGAACACCUGACUAUUCUUCGUUGGUGCUGCCCUCGCCCGGCGCGAGCCAUCAAAUUUAGUUUUGCGACGACUUCCUUCCCUUCCCUUUUCCUCCCUACCGAUCAUUUUCUACUAGACGUUGCGAUUGCGGUCGCAACCAUAUACCUAUGUUCACGAUGAUGUUAGACGAGAAGUACGAAUCACCCCUGCACAUUCAGCGACUAUACAUCGGAUUGGCAUUAGCUAUUUCCUCAAGUUUAGCCAUUGGCACGAGCUUUGUAAUAACGAAGAAGGGGUUAUUGCAAGCAGAAGAGAAACAUGGCUUUCAAGGCGAGGGCUACGUCUAUCUAAGGAAUCCGAUGUGGUGGGCCGGAAUGGCAACAAUGAUCACCGGAGAAGUCUGUAACUUCGCUGCAUAUGCCUUCGCACCAGCCAUUCUAGUAACACCUUUGGGUGCGCUCUCCGUCCUAAUAGGAGCCGUCUUGGGGUCAUACUUCCUGAAGGAAGAGUUGGGAACAUUGGGCAAACUUGGAUGUGCCAUCUGCUUGCUCGGCGCCAUCAUCAUCGUCCUCCACGCACCUCCCGAUGAAGAUAUUCAGACCAUCGAAGUUAUCCUUAGAUAUGCGCUUAGGCCGGGGUUCCUUCUCUACUGCACGGCUGUGGCUAUCUUCGCGACCGUCAUGAUCUACAAGAUUGCUCCACUUCAUGGCAAAAAGAACCCCCUGAUAUACCUCUCGAUCUGCUCUACCGUCGGUUCCGUUUCCGUCAUGUCCGUAAAAGCCUUUGGCAUUGCGCUAAAGCUCACGUUUGCGGGGAACAACCAGUUCACCCACGCCUCGACAUAUAUCUUCAUGAUUCUUACUGCAUUGUGCAUUCUGACCCAGAUGAAUUAUUUCAACAAGGCACUCAGCCAGUUCAGCACGCAAAUAGUUAACCCCCUUUACUAUGUGACCUUCACUACCGCCACCCUAUGUGCUUCGUUCAUCCUCUUUUCUGGUUUUAACACUACUGACGUUGUCAAUACCCUUUCCUUGCUGUGCGGUUUCCUUAUUACCUUCACUGGUGUCUACCUGUUGAAUCUCUCGCGUCGUGAUCCUAACGGAACGAGGAUGCUCGCCGGGCAGAGCACAGAUGCUACCGGUACCGACAUGAUCUCGAGCCUCCAGACGCGUCUAAGCAUGCAAGCUCGCCGUAGUACGGGUUCCCGGAUGAGCGUAGGAAGUCGAGGACAGUCCGAUAGAGAAGGACUCAUGCGCGCAUAUGACUUAGAACAGGGCGAAUUUGGCCUUAACGACCUAACCUCUGAUAGCGAUGACGAACCGUCGACAAGGAGAAAUGGGGGACCACCGAAAGUCCAUGAAUCGAUCGAGUUGCAAAGCCGGAAGAAAUCGGGAGAGUGA